GGUCAACAAGGAAAGCUACUUUAGUAAGAGGCUAUGUGAUUGGUUGCUUUUAUCCGGGGACUUGUUUGCUUCAAUAAAACGACGUCUGAUUGGAUAUGGUCACUUUUUGUGAUGUAUCAUUGGCUAUGAUUACACCGCGGGUCCUUGAAUCACCCAUACUGCAAUGUAGAAGUCACCGAAGUUGCUAAAAAAAAGUCCGUUUGUAACGUUGACGUUCAGAACGUCCACAGUACUCAGACGUCAUGACAUCCGGGGAUUUGUCGAGCGUCCUGAACAUCCUCCGGUCGCUCUACAAACGCACGCGGACGCUGGAGGAGUUCGCUGACGGCGUUGUGUUCAGGGAGGGACGGAGAGCUGCGCUGCUUCAACCUUCGGACACACACAGCUUUAAGUCUUUCGUUCGGGGAGUGUUUGUGUGUUCUGAUGAGGAGCUGCAGGACGUCCCGAGCUGUAAUCAGACCUGCACGUUUCCAGAGCUCCUGGCUUUUAUCCUCAACAGCCUGAAAAGGAAAAGGAGGAGAAAUGUUUUGGCCCACGGCUACAACUUCCUGGGUGUGGCACAGGAGGACCGGGAUGCAGACCACUUCCGCUUCCAGGGAGAUCUGUCUCAAAGCGCCGCCUACAUCCACAGCAGCGACCUGUGGAAGAAGGUCACGGCGCGCCUCGGCACAGACGUCACCCGCUACCUGUUGGGGAGCUGCUCCGUCUUCGUGCUGGCACCUCCUUCCUGCGUCUUCCAGAUCUGCGGCGUUCCAGCGUAUGACAGAGUGUCCAUGACCACCGCCUCCAGCGGGUUUCUUCUCCGGCCUCCGUCGAGGAAACACAAAAGUUUUCAGGUCGGAAAGAAGACACGCUCAGCGAACCUGACAAAGACAGGCUCCGUUGGAGAUGUGGAGGAAAGCAGGAAGAGGAGGAGAGUGGAAAGUGAAGUCAGCACGAGGAAAAGAAAAAGAGAAUCUGAGGAGGAGGAAUCAAGAGAAAGGAGGCGCGGCGUUCAUCAUGAAGAGAGACGGCAGCAUGAAGCCGUUCUUGAUGAGUCAACACUUUCAGGAAAGUCUGGAGAAAACGAUGCAGCUGCUGUCAAGCCGCCUCCUGAAACGUCAGCAGCUCCUCCGCCUUUGGAGGGAGGUCCCAGCUGGAGAUCGGGGGCGUUCCCGCCUUUGCCGUCCUCCCAGUGUUUUAUCCGCACGUUGGGGUUCCUUUACGGCGGCCGUGGCAUGCACGGCUUCUGUCUCAACAGGAAGAGGAGAACCGCUGCUGGACCCAGGCGCUUACAGGGGCAGGAUUUGGUGAGACUGGUCUUCUUUGAGGGUCUGCCGUAUUUAAACGGACAGGAGAGGAAGCCGAAGAAACUCCCCCUGCGCUACUUUAACAUGGUCCCGGUGUUUGGCCGGCUGCUGCAGAGGCACAGAAAGUGUCGCUACAGCAGCGUUUUGCACCGGAUGUGUCCAGUGGUUGAGCUGAGCCGUGCGGCUCAGGGGGAGCUGAGCUCGCUCAUCCCUCAGCACUGCGCGCCGCAUCGGGUCUACCUGUUUGUCAGAGAAUGCCUCACCGCCGUCGUCCCUGAGGAGCUGUGGGGCUCCGACCACAACCGACUCCAAUUCUUCAGCAGAGUCAGAGGCUUCCUGAAGAGCGGCAAGUUUGAGAGAAUCUCGGUGGCGGAACUCAUGUGGAAGAUAAAGGUGAUGGACUGUGAUUGGUUGAAGCUCCGCAGGACAGCAGGCCGCUUCCCCCCCAGUGAGCUGGCCUACCGGACGCGGAUCCUGAGUCAGUUUCUGACCUGGCUUCUGGAUGGCUUUGUCGUGGGCCUGGUCCGGGCCUGCUUCUACGCCACAGAAAGCGUGGGACAGAAGAACGCCAUCAGGUUCUACAGGCAGGAGGUCUGGAGCAAACUCCAGGAUUUGGCUUUCAGAAGGCACAUCGCUAAAGGCGAGAUGGAGGAGCUGAGCCCAGCUCAGGUGGCGUCCCUCCCCAAAGGCACGGUCAUCUCCCAACUCCGCUUCAUUCCCAAGACGGACGGGAUGAGGCCCAUCACACGGGUCAUCGGGGCAGACUCAAACACACGGCUUCACCACAAGCGCAUCCGUGACCUGAUGAGCAUGCUGCAGGCGCGUGUGCGCUCCGCUCCGGCGCUCCUGGGCUCCACCGUCUGGGGCAUGACGGACAUCCACAAAGUGCUGCGCUCUCUGGCACCAGCCCAGAAGGACAAACCACAGCCGCUCUACUUUGUAAAGGUGGAUGUGAGCGGCGCCUACGACAGUCUGCCGCACGACAAACUCAAGGAGGUGAUCACCGAGGCUUUGUCACCCGUCCAAGAGGAAGUCUUCACCGUCCGCCACUACGCUAAGAUCUGGGCUGAUUCCCACGAAGGCCUGAAGAAAGCCUUCGCCAGACAGGUGGAUUUCUCUGACGGUAGCAUGGGAUCCACCAGCAUGAAGGGCUUUGUGAUGUCCCUGCAGAAGAGCAGCAAAGUGCAUCACGCCGUCCUGGUGGAGCAGGCUUUCGGCUCAAAUCUUCGAGGCAAAGACGCCUUGCAGUUCUUCACGCAGAUGCUCACAGGAAGUGUCGUUCAGCAUGGAAAGAAGACGUACCGUCAGUGCCGAGGGAUUCCUCAGGGCUCGGUGGUGUCCUCUCUGCUGUGCUGUCUGUGCUAUGGCCACAUGGAGAACGUCCUCUUCAGAGACAUCAAAAACAAAGGGUGUCUGAUGAGGCUGGUGGAUGACUUCCUCCUCAUCACCCCAGACCGCAACCAAGCACAGUCCUUCCUCAGUAUCUUGCUGGCUGGAGUUCCUCAAUACGGCGUGGUGGCCAACCCGCAAAAGGUGGUGGUCAACUUUCAGGGGUCAGAGGGCGGCGGCGCUUUCCCCGACAUCCGCGUGCUGCCUCCUCACUGCCUCUUCCCGUGGUGCGGCCUUCUGCUGGACACCCGCUCGCUGGAUGUGUGCAAAGACUAUUCCAGCUAUGCAGGCCUCUCUCUGCGCUACAGCCUCACGCUAGGCUCCGCCCACUCCGCAGGACAGCAGAUGAGGAGGAAGCUGAUGUCCAUUCUCAGAAUCAAAUGUCACCCUCUGUUUUUGGACUUGAAGACUAAUUCCCUCGAGUCUGCUUACAAGAACAUCCACAAGCUGGUGCUGCUGCAGGCGUGCAGGUUCCAUGUCUGUGUUCAGAGUUUACCCUUCGCCCAGACGGUCGCAAAGAACCCAACGUACUUCCAGCAGAUGAUCUGGGACAUGGCGCACUAUGCCAACGCUCUCAUCAGGCGCAGCAACACAGGGUUGGUUUUGGGGGAUGGAGCUCAGAAGGGCAGCGUUCAGUACGAGGCCGUGGAGCUGCUCUUCUGUCUGGCCUUCCUGCGGGUUCUGUCUAAACACCGACCCGUCUACAAAGACCUGCUGCCACGCCUGCACAAAUGGAAGCGCCGGUUGGAGAGGCUUCUGGGAGACCUGAGGCUGGCUAGGGUCCGGCAGGCCGCCAACCCCCGGGCUCUGCUGGACUUCCUGGCUAUGCAGAUGUGAGUCCACAGAUCAGUCUGACCAGAGCCACCAGAGGGAUGGAGAGCACAGGAACAGAGCUGAGGAGGACGAUGAUGGCGAACACCCAGUCCGGAUAGUCCUUCACCUCCGUUUGGGGGAAGAGUUCCUACAAAAAAGAAAAAAACAGAAUGUUAGGAACCAAUGAGAACAUGUUUGUGUUAGUGCAGCUCCUCUGUUUCAGUGUAAACACUGCCAGCUGAAACUGGCGUGGGACAUGGCAUUCAGUCCUGGCCCGAUGGGGUUACAGUGAAACACGAAGAGGCAGCAGACAUCCGGACGGAUUGAAAGCUUCGCGUUAUUCCAAUUUUAGAAGCCACGUUACGUAUGUAGUUCAAGAAUCUUACACAAUGUGUGAAAGUAUUUUCCUGUGUGAGGAAAACAAGGAGUCGUGCCUCUACUGGAACCUUACUAAAAGCUCUGUGGGGAGUCUGCAAAGCCAGAAUGUGAAGCUGUGGGAUUCAGCAGCUGCACUGAUGUACAGCUUUAUGUUUAGAUGUUUAUCUUCCAUCGCCAAAGCUAGAUGAAAAUCAUUUUGUUCAUUCAUCUGUUGAAAAUGUCGGUAAGGGGUUGGGGAGUUGGCCUGAACUAUAACCAGACGAGAAGAAGGGAACGGCAUGAAUCCGUCCACCACCGCUUUAGAAAUAGACUGGACCACACAGUGACAGCCUGCCAGGCUAAGAAACUGCAAUGCAACACCAGAAUCUGCUGAAACCAGAACAGAAACAGUCACAUCUGGAGCAGGAAAACGAUGAAAACAAACUCAAUUUACUGAAGCCCUUCAUGUGUUUAACAUACAUGCUCUCACAAAUCACUGCAGUUGGUUCUUACUGACUUUAGACAAGAAAACCUCAUUUCUCAUCAGCCUCAGUCUUGGGUUUGACUUAGAAAGAUUCUGAGAAAGGUUCUGCGUCUUCGGGCUCAGCAUUAGAGCAGGUCAGCAGCACGUUUAUCUUGACACUUUACUUCAUGUAGAUGGGUUUGUGUGGACCAAACAAGUGCAACCUGCAGAUUCUCCAUCCAUUGGACCAAAGAACAAAGAGCAAAUGACUAAAAACCCUAACAAAUGAAAGAUAUGCAUCUACAAUUUAAAAAAAAAAAAA